GCUUGCUCAAUAUAUGCCCUUCAGUGGAUAAUUUUGACGGACUAAAUAUCUGAUAUAUUUUUCCUGUUUCUCUCACCACCAAUACACUGCCACGAUGCCCUUAGAUGGGCACUCCUACCUGGUCGCCCAAGGAUGGACUGGUACGGGCACCGGACUUCGCCAAGGUUCCCUAUCUCGACCUCUUGCUAUACCUCAAAAGAAGAACCUGGCUGGCGUAGGCAAGGAUCGCGAUGAGGCUUUCCCGUUCUGGGAUCAUUUGUUUUCGGCCGCUGCGAGCGCGAUUCAAGUGAAGCUCUCAGCAGAUGAUGAUGACGAUGAUGAUUCGGGUGGCGACAACGACAGCGCCCCCACACCUAAUCCCGAAUUCAGACGAACGAAAACCGGCAUCCUCUCCAAUCGUCGCCCUCCAACGGGCACACCUGCCGACACCUCUGGAACUUCCACUCCUUCCACCUCUUCCACACCUGGUCCCGGCCCUUCGACUUCGCGUCUCACACUUAUCGCCCUCGCGAAACGCGAAGCCGCCAAACGUAACCUUUACUCUCGAUUCUUUAAAGGCCCGGUGCUUGGACCUGAUGCGGCCAUUGACGUCGAGAUGGUUAAAAGCGAGAUUAAGGGUGGGGAGCAGGUGCAGAUGCAAGUGAUGGAUCACGCUAUAACGAGGAUUGGGGGUACGGAGGGCAAAGAGGAGAGUAAGAAGCGAAAGCGAGAUAAAGUGAAGGUGGAGGAUAGUGAAGGUGCGAAAAGUGUAGAGAUGGACGAGGAGACGCAGAGGAAAGAGAGGCAGCAGCGAAAGGCAGAGAAACGGCAGCUCAAAGAGCAAAAACGGGCAAGAAAAGAGGAGAAGAGGAGACGGAAGGAAGAGAAGGCAAUGGCAGCGGCGAAGGCAGAUGGAGAGGCAAAGGCCAAUUUAGUCGAGGUUACAGAGCCCGAAGUAGAUACAGAGCAGGCCUCUGGUGAAGAAGCGCUCACGAAGGACGAACGAAGGCGACGUCGGAAAGAGAAACGAGCGCAGAAGGAACUUGCUCAGGGACCGUCGGCGAAUGCUCUUGAGGUACCAAGGGCUAGAAAGGCGAAGACUUCGAAGCGAGGUGCGGAGGAAUCGGGAUCCCCACUGGAUAAUGGCGAGCAGGGUUCAGUUGUUGGGAUAGAAGGCGUUGCAGAGUCUGUGAGGAGGAAAAAGAAACGGAAAGUUUCUGACGCUGCAUAACAUUGUCUGUACUCAGUUGUCACCUUGGACGCACCCCGUCCUCCAGGAGAAAAUAU